CCGCGCCUGUCUCCCUGAACCUCCCGUCUUCAGAACUCCUCUCUCUCUCUCUCUCUCUCUCUCUCUCUCUCUCUCUCUCUCUCUCUCUCUCUCUCUCUCGAGCAGACCAGCUGGAGAGGGUGUCUUAACUUUCCGAAGGCGACAACGUUUCAGUGGACUCUCGAAGGUCUCUGAGCGCUGAACGCCGUUAACUCCUACGCCGACAUCAAGGGCCCGCCAUCGAGGAGCCCCCCCCCCCCCAAACCCGCCGCUUCUGACCUCACCCAGAAGCUCCGCCCACUCACCCCUUUGGCCGCCUGUUGCUAUGGAGAAUCUCAGUGAGCUGCAGAACCCGUUGUUGGACAAGAACAGCAAGCACAUGGUCAACGGUUACGGGGGGGACUUCCCUAACAACCAGUACCAGGAAAACAUUAUCAAUUACUUCGCUGGAGGAGGAGGAGGAGGAGGAGGAGGGGGGGGGGGAGGAGGAGGAGGGGGAGGGGGUAAGGUGAACAACGCCAACGUGGUGAGCGCGGGCGGCUGCAACACCAACGGGAAGGUGAAGUCUCAGCAGCUCUUGGACGCCACCUCGCUGCACCUGGCGGUGGAGGCCUUCUACCGGCCCAACUUCAUCCUGUACAAGGAGGACGGCGGCAGCAUCAAGGCCAAGGAAUACAAAAGCGAGUGCUGCGAGACCACGUUCACCGAAAGGAAAGCCAAGGAGGCGUCCAACGGGGACGCGCCCGCCACCGAGGACCCGCAGGCGAAGCUGCUGGAGGACGGGGAGCACGUCAAGAUCCAGACGGUCUCCUACGAGGUCGAGGAGGAGGAGUACGUGGAGUACGAGACGGACUGCUCCAGCGACAGCGAGAGCGAGGACAACUUCAUAGUGGUGCCACCGCGAGACCACCUGGGCCUGGCCAUCUUUUCCAUGCUGUGCUGUUUCUGGCCUUUGGGGAUCGCGGCAUUUUACUUCUCGCAGGGGGUGAGGACAGAUGCACACACAUGCACGCACGCACACAUGCAUGAACAUGGCGCAGACGCCUCAAAGAUCGCUGCGUGUCACAGCACCUUUCGGAUGUGCAUAUGAAUCCCUUUUAAAGCCUAUUUGCAAAACCUACCAAAAAACAGGAGGUGAUAAGAGAACAAAGGUAAGAGAGGCAGCCUUUGAACUAGCGGUGUCUUUUUAAGCGGAUUGAACAUGAACGCAAUUACAGGUGUGGUUGCUUAUUAGAGGUGACGGGCACUCGGACUCGCUAGAGAGCCUUACUCGAGCGGUUGUUUGAACAGCAGUAUUUUAUGGAAGAAAUGCAUGAAAACACUCAAUGUUAGCUGUCAAGAAAUUUAACCCACGCUGUAAAAAAAGAUCCUAAUUGUAUGGAAUAUAUAUGUAACAUCUUUACAGUAGUUUUUUAAAGGGUGUGCAAAAAUCUGUUAAAUUACAGUUUUUCUCUGCAGUACUUUUAGCUUUAUUGAAGGUGUUUGGUUGUAAUAAUACAGGAAAAAUCUGUAAAAUAACAGUGUUUCUCUGUAAAACCUAAAAACAUUCUGUUAAUGUAUGGUUUUCUUUGGUGUAUGUUUAAAAGCACAUAUAAAGCACAUGCUGCACACACGCAAACAGACAGAGGCUUUGACUUUACAUUCUUAUCAAAUGCCCGAGCAUUUAGCAGACUCAUCUGCGGGGGUUGAGCAGUCCGAGGCAGAUGAAGGCAGUCUGUGAAUUAUCUUGUCAGGAGCUAAUUUGAUUCUUCCUGGGUAAUUACGGGGAAGUGAUGGCUGUGUUUAGGGAUGGAUGGUUUUCUUGCCAAUCUCCCUGCUUUAAAAGGUGGCGUCCAAAGGAGCUGUCAGGAGAAGAUAUAGUGGGAGUCCCAACUCGCUUCAUUUUAUAGCUCAAUAACCCACUUCGCUGGGCUUCGCUUCAUUCAAUGGUUCAGUGAGCGUCCCCCACUAACUAAAUUAAUUAAUUCUACAGGAUUUAGCACAAGGAUAUUGCAGGUUUAUAAACUGAAGUUUAUGCAAGCAGGAUAUGUGAAAUAUCUGUUAUAUCUGUUAUCCGCUACUUUUUGGUCGACCAAAUCUAAAAACUUCUUCCCCAACUGUUCGUACCCUCAUUCACCAGAUGCAUUAUGGGACUGGAGAAGGGCGGCAGAUUGAGCUGUGGAGAAAAGUUUGGAAUUGAUAACACAUCAGCUGGCCCACUUACUCCGGGGGGGCACUCUCAAACAAACAGCUUAGCGACCGUAAUGGAGUCUGCGGACGGCCGAUCGAUAGUGUUUUUGUCUCUUUGGAAGGUCAGAACCGGUGAAAACAGAGCGAGCCGCUGC